AAUGCGAAUUGGAAACUAUAAUUUGCAAUAAAGUUGAGAAAAGCAGUUCUGACGUGCUUUAUCAGUUCAUAAACAGUAAAGUUUUAAUACCUUAUUGUAUUUGUUAUCAACUAAACAUUCUUGCACGUUACAUUACCAGAAAUGGUUUAAAUAGUCGUGGAAAAAGUGAACAAGAUUAAUUCAAUAAAAAAAAUUGUUUUAAAACAAUCUUAAUAAUUUGGAUGUUAUCUUAAUGGUUGAAAUACACAUAAGCAUUUUACUACAUAGAAGUAAUUCGUGCCAAGUGUUGCAUCAUAUCCAAUUACUUUGUAAACCAACGUGCAUGCUUUACUUCAGACGUUUAUCUACAGUUGAAGUGUUACAACGUUUUUAAGCCUCUCCAUAUUGAUACGAAAAGUAAAUAAACAAAAUCAAUUAAGGACGUAUUAAAUUGCUCUAUUAAAAAUGUGUGGUAUUUGGGCUUUAUUUGGAGUUUGUGAUUCAGCUUUAAAUCAUUGUGGGACUUCUUUUCCAAAAAUUAAACAUCGAGGACCAGAUGCUUGGAGAAUUGAAUAUGAUGAUAACUUAAAGAAUUGUUACAUAGGAUUCCAUAGAUUAACAAUCGUAGAUUGUACAUACGGUAUGCAACCGAUGAAAUUACAUCAAUACCCACAAUCUUUACUAUGUUGUAAUGGAGAACUUUACAACUGUAAAAGACUGAAAGAAGAAUUUCAGUUUAAUUACGAAACUUUCAGUGACGUUGAGUGUAUUUUGCAUAUGUACAAAAAAUUCGGAGCUGAAGGUUGCGUUAAAAACCUCGACGGAGUAUUUGCAUUUUGUAUAGUUGAUAUAGAAAAUCGAAAAUUAUGUCUUGCUAGAGAUCCUUAUGGAGUUAGACCGUUGUUUAAAUUAACCACCGAAAGCGGAAUUCUUGGAAUUUGUUCCGAGGCUAAAGGAUUAAUUCCGAUUAGUGAUCAAUUAAAUGGAGAAGGAAGAAUCGUUGAACCUUUCGAACCGGGAACGUUCGAAGAAUACAGUAUUCUUGAUGAUGGGAAAGUGAAGUUGCUUAAUAAAGGUGUUUUUCAUAAAGCCGGGAAUAAACCAGCUUUUAGACCGUUUGUGCCAUAUAACGAAUUAUCUUCGAGCGAUGUAUUGGAGAAUAUAAGAAAGAUUUUUACAAUGGGAGUUAAAAAACGUCUUAUGUCUGAUAGAAGAAUUGGUUGUCUUUUAUCGGGCGGAUUAGAUUCAUCUUUAGUUGCAUCUUUAUUAGUAAAAUUAGCUAAAGAAGAAAACAUUCCAUACAAAGUUCAAUCUUUUUCUAUAGGGAUGGGAGAUAGCCCCGAUAUUUUAGCAGCUCGCCAAGUUGCUGAACACAUAGGAACUGAGCAUCAUGAAAUAAUUUUUACAGAAGAAGAUGUUGCAAAAGUUCUAGACGAAGUUAUUUAUACUUUAGAAACACCAGAUAUCACAACAAUCAGAGCUUCAAUACCGAUGUAUUUGAUCGCGAAAUACAUCAAAGAAAAUACAGACACCACUGUUGUAUUUAGUGGCGAAGGAGCUGAUGAAGUGGCCCAAGGAUAUAUUUAUUUUAGAGACGCCCCAUCAGAUAAAGCAGCUUUAGAAGAUAGUAAACGUCUUUUGAACGAAAUUUAUCUUUUUGAUGGAUUAAGAGCUGAUAGGACUAUGGCGGGACAUAGUUUGGAGUUGAGAGUUCCAUUUUUAGACCAACAAUUUGUCCAUUAUUAUCUCAAUUUACCUAAAGAGUUGAUCAGACCCAGAGAUGGGGUCGAAAAGUUUUUGAUUAGAUCUGCUUUUGACUCAACUGAGUUAUUACCAAAACAUGUUCUUUGGAGACAUAAAGAAGCAUUUAGUGAUGGAGUUACAUCUAGAACUAAAACUUUGUUUCAAAUCUUACAAGAAAUUGUUGAUAAACGAAUGGUUGGGGAAUUCAAUGCGGAAGAAGUAUCGAAAAAAUAUUCACAUUGUACACCAAAAACUAAAGAGGCUUUAUAUUAUCGAGAAGUUUUUGAGAAAAGUUUUCCGAAAUUAGCGGAGAAAUUUAUUCCGUUCUUUUGGAUGCCCAGAUGGAUUGAAGUUUCAGAUCCUUCAGCUCGAUUUAUUAAACAUUAUAAUGCUGAUACUCAAACUAAUGUUAAAAAAUAAUUCCAUGGUAUAUAUUUUGUA